CAGCGAGGUGCUGCGGGACGGACGGACGGACGGACGGACGGCGCGGUCCUCGCCGGAGACCACACGGGCGCCGCUCGGGCUUCGAACCGCGAGGUGCGGCGAUUCCCCGCGGAGCUGCAGUUUUGUAUUCAUAAAGAGCACAGCCAUGUUUCGGAAUAGUCUCAAGAUGCUUCUUACUGGUGGGAAGUCAAGUCGUAAAAACAGGUCAAGUGAUGGAGGAAGCGAGGAACCACCGGAUCGAAGACAGUCAAGUGUAGACUCUCGCCAAAGCCGCUCUGGGCAAGGUGGCAUCUCCACAGAAAGCGACUGUGCUUUUGAGCCAGACUACGCUGUUCCACCACUCCCAGUGAGUGAAGGUAUGCAGCACGUUCGGAUUAUGGAGGGCAUGUCUCGCUCUCUUCCAUCCUCCCCCUUACUCACACAUCAGUCUAUCAGUGUUCGGCUCCAGCCUGUGAAGAAGUUAACUGCCCCUCUGAGGAAGGCAAAGUUUGUUGAGAGCCCACGAAUUCCAGAAUCCGAGCUUGGCUCCCCAACCCUCACUUCAGCUCAAAAACUGGACGUGGAUGCAUACUGCCCUGGUGAUGCUGAGCAGGAGCUUGGACCCCCUCCAUCUGUAGAUGAGGCAGCAAACACACUCAUGACUCGGCUGGGUUUCCUCCUUGGAGAGAAAGUCACGGAAGUUCAGCCAGGUGACCAGUACAGCAUGGAGGUGCAGGACGAAAGUCAGACCUCAGCAAUCACCCAGCGGAUAAGUCCCUGCUCCACUCUGACUAGCAGCACCGCCUCUCCUCCCGCCAGCAGCCCCUGCUCCACCCUGCCCCCAGUCAGCACCAGUGCAGCUGCCAAGGACUGCAGCUACGGAACUGUUACUAGCCCCACCUCUACCCUUGAAAGCAGAGACAGUGGCAUCAUUGCUACACUGACAAGCUAUUCUGAAAACAUGGAGCACACAAAAUACAUUGGAGAAAGUAAAGAAUUAGGACCUGGAGGACACCUAAAGCCGUGGCAGUCUCAAAAAUCCAGCAUGGACUCCUGUCUUUAUCGAGUAGAUGAAAACAUGACUGCUUCCACGUACAGUCUGAAUAAGAUCCCAGAGAGGAAUUUGGAAACAGUUUUGUCACAAUCAGUACAGUCUAUUCCUUUGUAUCUCAUGCCUCGGCCAAAUUCAGUAGCAGCCACCAGCUCUGCCCACUUGGAGGACCUUGCUUACCUGGAUGAGCAGAGACACACUCCUUUGAGAACUUCUCUUCGAAUGCCAAGACAGAGUAUGGGUGGUACUCGCACACAGCAGGACUUAAGAGUUCGCUUUGCACCUUACAGGCCUCCAGAUAUCUCCCUGAAGCCCCUACUAUUUGAAGUGCCCAGCAUUACGACAGAAUCAGUGUUUGUUGGCCGAGAUUGGGUUUUCCAUGAAAUUGAUGCUCAACUUCAGAGUUCAAAUGCCAGCGUGAACCAAGGAGUAGUGAUUGUGGGAAACAUUGGGUUCGGCAAAACCGCCAUCAUUUCCAGACUAGUGGCCCUCAGCUGCCAUGGCACACGGAUGAGGCAGAUUGCCUCUGACAGCCCACAUGCCUCCCCCAAGCAUGCCGAUGCCAACAGAGAGCUGCCACUCACACAGCCCCCUUCAGCUCACUCAUCUCUUACCAGUGGAAGCUGCCCAGGAACUCCAGAGAUGCGCAGACGGCAGGAGGAAGCCAUGCGGAGACUAGCCUCACAGGUGGUUGCCUAUCACUACUGUCAAGCAGAUAAUGCCUACACAUGCCUGGUACCAGAAUUUGUCCACAACGUUGCCGCCCUGCUCUGCCGUUCACCUCAACUGACAGCUUACAGGGAGCAGCUUCUUCAGGAGCCUCACCUACAGAGCAUGCUGAGCCUUAGGUCCUGUGUGCAAGACCCUAUGGCCUCCUUCCGGAGGGGAGUCCUUGAGCCCCUGGAGAACCUCCACAAAGAGAGAAAAAUCCCAGAUGAAGAUUUCAUCAUUUUAAUUGAUGGAUUAAAUGAAGCAGAAUUUCACAAACCGGAUUAUGGGGAUACAAUUGUAUCAUUUCUGAGUAAAAUGAUUGGAAAAUUUCCUUCUUGGCUCAAAUUAAUUGUAACAGUUAGGACCAGUUUACAGGAAAUUACCAAGUUGCUGCCUUUCCAUAGGAUUUUUUUGGAUCGACUAGAAGAGAAUGAAGCCAUAGACCAGGACCUGCAGGCUUACAUCCUGCACCGGAUACACAGCAGCUCAGAGAUCCAGAAUAACAUUUCACUUAAUGGCAAAAUGGACAAUACUACAUUUGGCAAACUCAGUUCUCAUCUCAAGACCCUCAGUCAAGGGUCCUAUCUAUACCUGAAACUCACAUUUGACCUCAUAGAGAAAGGGUAUCUAGUGUUAAAGAGCUCUAGCUACAAAGUCGUUCCUGUUUCACUCUCGGAGGUUUAUUUACUCCAGUGCAAUAUGAAGUUCCCAACCCAGUCUUCCUUUGACCGGGUGAUGCCUCUCCUGAACGUGGCAGUGGCCUCUCUCCACCCACUGACUGACGAGCAUAUCUUCCAGGCCAUCAAUGCUGGUAGCAUUGAAGGCACACUAGAAUGGGAAGAUUUUCAGCAGAGAAUGGAGAACCUUUCCAUGUUCCUAAUCAAGCGCAGAGACAUGACCCGAAUGUUUGUACAUCCUUCUUUUCGAGAAUGGCUUAUCUGGAGAGAAGAAGGAGAGAAAACCAAAUUUCUCUGUGAUCCCAGGAGUGGUCACACAUUACUUGCCUUCUGGUUUUCCCGCCAAGAGGGAAAACUAAACCGACAGCAAACUAUUGAACUGGGACAUCACAUCCUCAAAGCACACAUCUUUAAGGGUUUGAGUAAAAAAGUUGGUGUAUCAUCCUCCAUCCUCCAAGGUCUGUGGAUUUCCUACAGCACAGAAGGUCUUUCCAUGGCAUUGGCAUCUUUACGAAAUCUCUACACUCCAAAUAUAAAGGUCAGCCGACUGCUGAUUUUGGGAGGUGCCAAUAUUAACUACCGGACAGAGGUUUUAAAUAAUGCUCCAAUUCUUUGUGUCCAAUCUCACCUUGGUUACACAGAAAUGGUGGCUCUGCUUUUGGAGUUUGGGGCCAAUGUGGAUGCCUCUUCUGAAAGUGGCCUGACUGCGCUGGGAUAUGCAGCAGCGGCAGGCUUCCUGAGCAUCGUGGUGCUGCUGUGCAAGAAGCGAGCCAAGGUGGAUCACUUAGAUAAGAAUGGACAGUGUGCUUUGGUUCACGCUGCGCUACGAGGUCAUCUGGAGGUUGUCAAGUUCCUCAUUCAGUGUGACUGGACAAUGGCCGGCCAACAGCAAGGGGUGUUUAAGAAGAGUCAUGCCAUCCAGCAGGCCCUCAUUGCUGCAGCCAGCAUGGGGUACACUGAGAUUGUCUCCUACCUACUUGAUCUUCCAGAAAAAGAUGAAGAGGAAGUGGAGAGAGCCCAGAUCAACAGCUUUGACAGUCUCUGGGGAGAGACAGCCCUGACAGCUGCAGCCGGAAGGGGCAAGCUGGAGGUAUGCCGUCUGCUCUUGGAGCAAGGGGCAGCCGUGGCCCAGCCAAACCGCCGAGGGGCAGUGCCCCUAUUCAGCACUGUCCGCCAGGGCCACUGGCAGAUUGUUGAUCUUCUGCUCACUCAUGGAGCUGAUGUCAACAUGGCAGACAAGCAAGGUCGUACUCCCCUCAUGAUGGCUGCUUCGGAAGGCCAUCUAGGAACUGUGGACUUUCUGCUUGCACAAGGUGCAUCCAUUGCUCUGAUGGACAAAGAAGGAUUGACAGCCCUCAGCUGGGCUUGUUUGAAGGGCCACCUCUCAGUAGUACGUUCUCUGCUGGAUAACGGAGCUGCCACAGAUCAUGCUGACAAGAAUGGUCGCACCCCACUGGACCUGGCAGCUUUCUAUGGUGAUGCUGAGGUGGUCCAGUUCCUGGUGGAUCAUGGGGCCAUGAUCGAGCAUGUUGACUACAGUGGGAUGCGCCCUUUGGAUAGGGCAGUGGGUUGCCGGAACACUUCUGUUGUUGUCACUCUCCUAAAGAAAGGAGCCAAAAUAGGUUGUCAGACGUUACCGAGUCGCCCACGAGGUCCAGCCACAUGGGCGAUGGCCACCUCCAAACCAGACAUCAUGAUCAUCCUGUUGAGCAAGCUGAUGGAAGAGGGGGACAUGUUUUACAAGAAAGGUAAAGUAAAGGAAGCUGCACAGCGCUACCAGUACGCACUGAAGAAAUUCCCUAGAGAAGGGUUUGGUGAGGAUUUGAAAACCUUCCGGGAGCUAAAGGUGUCUCUCCUCCUCAACCUCUCUCGAUGUCGCAGGAAAAUGAACGACUUUGGAAUGGCGGAGGAGUUUGCUACAAAGGCCCUGGAACUGAAACCGAAGUCUUACGAAGCAUACUAUGCAAGAGCAAGGGCAAAACGCAGCAGCAGACAGUUUGCAGCAGCCUUAGAGGACCUGAAUGAGGCCAUCAAGCUAUGUCCAAACAACCGUGAGAUCCAGAGACUUCUGCUGAGAGUGGAAGAAGAGUGUAGACAGAUGCAGCAGCCGCCGCCACCGCCGCAGGCGCUCCCAGAGGAAGAAGCAGAGCCUGGACCCCAGCAUGAAGAUAUGUACCCCGUGCAGGACAUAUUCGAGGAGGACCUGGAACAGGAUGCCGAGAAUGUUUCCAUUGGCCUCCAGACAGAGGCUCGGCCCAGUCAGGGGCUUCCAAUAAUCCAGAGCCCACCCUCCUCUCCAGCCCAUCGGGACUCAGCCUACAUCUCGAGCUCACCUCUUGGCUCUCAUCAGGUUUUUGACUUCCGAUCCAAUAGUUCUGUAGGCUCUCCCACUAGACAGGGAUAUCAAUCCACCUCACCUGCUCUUUCUCCAACUCACCAGAACUCUCACUACAGACCUAGCCCACCACAUACUUCCCCAGCUCAUCAGGGUGCAUCUUACCGGUUCAGCCCCCCUCCUGUGGGAGGGCCGGGCAAGGAGUACCCCAGCCCUCCCCCGUCCCCUCUCCGCAGAGGCCCUCAGUACCGGGCCAGCCCUCCUGCUGACAGCAUGAGUGUCUAUAGAUCCCAGUCUGGUUCGCCUGUGCGCUAUCAGCAGGAAACAAAUGUCAGUCAGCUUCCUGGUAGACCAAAAUCUCCACUAUCCAAAGUGGCCCAGCGGCCCUACCAAAUGCCUCAGCUUCCUGUGGCAGUUCCCCAGCAAGGCCUCAGGCUGCAGCCUGCCAAGGCCCAGAUUGUUCGAAGUAACCAGCCCAGCUCAGCAGCUCACUCAAGCACUGUCAUCCCCACAGGCGCCUAUGGCCAAGUCGCCCACCCCAUGGCCAGUAAAUACCAGUCUUCGCAAGGAGACAUAGGAGUCAGUCAGAGCCGGCUGGUCUAUCAAGGGUCAAUAGGGGGAAUUGUGGGAGACGGGAGGCCAGUGCAGCACGUGCAAGCCAGCCUGAGUGCAGGCGCCAUCUGUCAGCACGGAGGGUUGACCAAAGAAGACCUUCCACAGCGACCUUCCUCUGCAUAUCGAGGUGGCAUGAGAUACAGCCAGACACCCCAGAUCGGGCGGAGCCAGUCAGCAUCCUACUAUCCAGUCUGUCACUCAAAACUAGAUCUGGAGCGCUCCUCCAGCCAGCUAGGUUCCCCCGAUGUGUCACAUUUAAUCAGAAGACCUAUCAGUGUCAACCCUAAUGAAAUCAAGCCCCACCCACCCACCCCCAGGCCACUGCUGCACUCCCAGAGUGUGGGCCUUCGCUUCUCCCCUUCUAGCAAUAGCAUCUCGUCUACUUCCAACCUGACUCCCACCUUCCGGCCUUCAUCCUCCAUUCAGCAAAUGGAGAUCCCACUGAAACCGGCAUACGAUAGGUCAUGUGACGAGCUAUCACCAGUGUCUCCCACUCAGGGAGGUUACCCCAGUGAGCCCACCCGAUCCAGGACCACACCAUUCAUGGGGAUCAUAGAUAAAACAGCCCGGACUCAACAGUACCCCCACCUUCACCAGCAGAAUCGGACCUGGGCAGUGUCAUCAGUGGAUACCGUUCUCAGCCCCACAUCUCCAGGCAACCUGCCUCAGCCUGAGUCCUUCAGUCCACCAUCAUCCAUCAGCAACAUUGCCUUUUAUAACAAAACCAACAAUGCACAGAACGGCCAUUUGCUGGAGGACGAUUAUUACAGCCCCCAUGGGAUGCUGGCUAAUGGGUCCCGUGGAGACCUCUUGGAGAGAGUCAGCCAGGCCUCCUCCUACCCCGAUGUGAAGGUGGCGCGGACCCUACCCGUGGCUCAGGCAUACCAGGACAACCUGUACAGGCAGUUGUCCCGGGACUCUCGACAAGGGCAGACAUCGCCUAUCAAACCAAAGAGACCAUUUGUGGAGUCUAAUGUUUAAAAGACAUUUGUUGGAGUGAGACCCAUAUGUUUUCACUGCACAUUUUCAGGCCUGGUUUCCACAUCUGAGGUAGUUCUCUGGCUUAAUUUCUCAUGUAGUUUCUGUGUGGUGUUCAGAGGUGGCAGCCCACAUGCUGAAUUCUUUUGCAUGCAGCUGACUGGGAAGCUGGCCUCCGGCGAGCCAGGACUUCAGUUUCUCGGGUCUGUGCCCCAGCCACAUGCUCUCUCCCUCUCUUCCGACACCAACGAGGAGAUUUUGUGCCGUGUGCUUUAACCCAGGGAGAUCAGACACACUGGUCAGCUUUUUCCAGGAGACAAUCGCUUUCACUAAUGUUCUUGUUGUGUAAAUGUCUCUUUCCUCUUUUAAAGAAGUAAGAUGUUCUUGUUCGUUUUCUUCUAGGAACUUGAGACAGCGUGUGAUGCCUCUUUGUCUUUAGCACUCUUACCCAGUGCUGUCCGCAUAGCAAGCCCACUGCACUCCUGUGCCGUGGCCCCUCCCCAGACUCCAGUCCCCGCUGUCAUCAGGCCUAAAAUGUUCAUCUGCAUUAUUACUGGUCUUCCUGUGGGGUAACUUGAGCUACAAGAAAGUGAGAAGAGAAAUCUAUUAAAUUGGCAGAAAAACCAUAGAAUGAUUUGAAAUGUCAUCACUGCAUGCUUUUCCCAGAGGCAUUGUGAGCACAUCUAGGAAACAAGCAGCCCUUUAGAUAAGUUGUUCAACCAAGAAAAUUCCAUGAGAGUUGUAGGCAUUACCAGAGCUUCACCAAGAGUUCUCUAGGUUUGUAACCAACAAUUAGCCACUAAAAGCUAACAAUUUCCCAAGGCUAGAGGGGGAAAUAGGCGCACAGAAAGAAAGGAAGAUUGUUCUGGAUUCUCGGUGAAAGGCUGUAGACAGUCUGUUCUAAAGAAGUCUACUUUUUGGCUCAUUAGGCUUCAGCCUCCACUAAAGCCAAUAGUCCGAGGGUUGGCUGGUGCAGUAACCCUGUCAGCUGCACCCUCACCAGAGCCAGGCCGUGUUAAGAUGACCUUCUCCAAACCCAGACAGUGAUGUGAAGAACUCUUCCAAACCCGCCUGGGUCCUCUUGGGGCUGACUCCCAGGGCUGCGCCCAAGGCCACUACGUCCCACACGAGUUGUCUCAUUCCAUUCCAAGAUCUUGGUCUCAUUAUCCAUGAUUAGAAGAACUGUCUUUUUCCUUUUCUAGCAGUGUUUAGGGGUGGUAUUUGAAAGUCAGAAAUAGCAGAAAGUAUGACAGGCCCCUGUCGGCCCUGGGUAGGGGGACAGGAGACAGACAUGAGUGUCUUCUCCCAUUGCUGCACAUCAUCUGGUUCUUGUGGGUGUUUGCUAAGCUGACUGGCAAGAAGCCGAGGCCACUAGGAAGUCGAUGGUCAGAACAGGGAACCAAAGCUGUAGGACGGUUGUGGCCCUGGCUGCACAUCAGCUUCUGACCUCAGCCACUCCACAACAUCUACACAGCUGAAACGAAACACGGGAGCUUUGUCCUGUGUCCUUAGAAAUCACUGUGCUCUUGUUAGUAAAGGGCUGUAGGAAGGACAGUUUGCUGACCAAAAUUCAGCUGUGACCAGACCAGUUAGUAAUAGAUUAUCUGAAAAGAUCAAUAAGACAUGGAAAGCAUACAUCUGAGAACAGAAACCUUUCUUUACCAAUUUAGAUUUUGCCAAGUAGAUGGACCCCACAGGUCCCCAAGCCUAAAAUAGGCCAGGAGUCAUCUCUAUGAGAGGGACAAUUUUUACUCUGAUGUGUAAGGACUGCCUCAGGGUAGACAUCAAUGGUUUCUAACUGUCUGUCUGUCUCUGUCUAUCCAUCUAUCCAUCCAUCCAUCUGCCUUCAUCUCUCCCAUCAGGAAAAGAAAGUGUGUAGCUGUGGCAUCAGCCUAUAGCUAGGAAUCUGGUCGCCUCAGCUCCCUUCCUGGCCGGGUCACAGCCCGCUGAUCUCUUAUCAUCACACCCACCAACACCACCUUUCAUUCCGAAAAGGUAGGAAAGUGCCCCUGCCUGUUUGGAAUACCACACACCACCUUACCUGUCUGGCUGAGUGAGGUUCAGGUGGUCUUACAGAUUUGCCACUGCUGGCACUUCUUCCCAGGGUUCCUCUCAGUUUUCCAGGAACAAGAAGAUUUAGGGUUUCUAUCCCACCUAAAAUGUCAACAGUCAAAAUGCAAUUAUUUUGUAACCAUCAUAUGAGAGAGUGAAUAUCACUACUGGGCGCCAGUGGUUUUUUACUAGAAAACACCAAACAGGAGCUUCCUGGGCCAGGAGGCAAUGGUCUUCCCUGGAAGCAGAGUGCCUGGGCCCCGUUUUGCUACUUCACUGCCAUGGGACGACCUUAGUACUGUAUUUCAGAGAUGCCCCUUCCCGGGAACUAGCGUUUGCUGAAUGCAUGUCUGGCUUCAGGUGGGAGGAAAUUUUUCAAAUGAAACUGGCAAGUUCUGCUCACCCAAUUCACAUCACCCUGAAAUGGAGACAGAGGUGACAAACUUCAGCUUGUAAGUUUCUCACCAAAGUAUGCAUUCUGUUUGCCCACAAUUCUUGCACUAAUGGGUUUCCAUCACAUUAUAUCUAUAAAUGGGUGCACUUUACUGUUUGGAUUUGUAACUCUGAUAAAUACUGGAUAUUUAAGUGUGAGUAAUGUCUUCAUUAGAAAUUAGCAGACUCUCUCUUGUCUUUUAGUGUAUUUUUCAAGAAAAAGGAAAGAAAUAAAGCAGAGGAUCACAACAUUUAUAGCACAAGAAAUAACUGUUGUAUAUAAGCAUCAAAAAGAUUAAGAAUUUUUAAAUACAAGAAAAUAUUUGCAGUGAUUUUAAAGUGCUUUUCCAGCAAUUUUCUUAGGGACUCCUGAGACAUGGUUAAUUUAUUUACUGGAUCAGUAAGGCACACAAUUAACAAUUAAAAAUUCCAUGUUUAUUUACAAAGUAAAGGGAAAACCUGUAUAACAUGAAAAUUUGGCAUGGACAAAAUGGAGAUCAUUUUGUAUCUGCUGUUGUGUCUGUCCGGGUUGCAGAAGUGCACUAUUAAGGUCCCAAGUUAAUAGAGCACAAACCCUUCUUGUCCCUCCCAGGAGCCCCUCUUUUUAGAUGUGUUUAACGUAAACCCGAUGGCUCAGGAAAAUUCCGCUAAUUAGGAUCGUGUACAGUAUCCCAGGUUGUUGACCAGUUAUACAAGUUUGCUGAUUUCAGUUAAGCCUGGAUUAUUAAACACUUUUCCUCAAUUAUUGUAAACCGAACAGCUUAGAGAAAGGUGUUCUCGGUCCUUAUAUUGUACAGUAGUUUAUGAACCCUCUCUAAAUAUUGGUAUUUUUAUAUUCCAGAGAUGUACCCAAUAGAAAAUUUAAAAACCAGUAUCUAAUUUAAUAUCCAUAAGUAUUUUUCCUUAGAUUUUAGUCAUAUACAAGCGGAUAUGUAGAUGUCACUUGUGCUUCACCAUGCUUACCACUAGGUGUCACUGUGGCUCUGCACCACAAUUAUCUGGUAGCAAAUAACGGCUUUGUGGAGCUGCUGCCAGGGUAGCAGGCAGGCCCAUAGAUAGAGGUUCAGGAAGAAGGGAACAAAGGCCCUGAAGGGGUCUGCGUGCAUCCGUUCCAGCUGUGGCAAGACAGACUCUUGGAACACUACUCACUUUGGACCUUCAGCCAGGCAGAGGCUGGAGGAAGUUUAAAAGACAAGUCCCUUGCCUGUAGAUGGAUGGGUGUGUAGAGGAGCCUCUUCCCCACAAGCAUUCCUCCUCCCAGUUCCUUCCGCUCAGCCUCCAACUUUUAUAACUCCAGAAGUAUCAUAGUUGGGCGGUUUGAUUAAAGAUAGUUAUUUUUCUACUGCAGAAAUGCCUUGGACAAAAUGAGUUGCUCACUGAAUCUUUGCCACAAAAUGGAACAGGCUCCCCCAGGAGGCAGGACGUGCUGCCCUUGUGCCCGUCUCCUGUUGCGGCUCCCGGUGAUCAGCCCCCCCCCCCCCCCCCCCCCCGCCUGUCUACCCUUGGGCUGCCACCUUCGCCCCCAAGGGCCAUGCUGCUCUGCGCUUGCUGGGAGGUGUGGCUUCUCCUUUUCCUCUGGGAAUUCCAGACCGACCAUCUACCAUGACUAACAAUGAACAAAGGGCUUAGGGGUAAGAGCUACCUACAAAGACGUGUCAUGGAAACCUUCACCAUGCAAUGCCUUGGACUCAGCUCUGGCUGCUCCCAAAACAAGUGGCUGGCUGGGGGCCUGGACACAAGCACAAUGGGGCUGGUGGAGCCACUGUGCAGAGCUACUUGAAUAAUCACUGGGUCUUCAUCAGCUUCUUUUGUAACACAGACCACUCAAGGGCUGAAGUGUUGGUAACCUUCAUUUCGGUGUCCAAUGCCUCACAGCAGCUGAGCCUCCCUGAGAUGCUCGUGACCACGCAUGAUGGCCACAAUCAGAGCUUUGAAAGUCAGUACCAAAUGAACGCGUAAUUGGACACCAAAAAUCAAGUGUUACUUUCAUGUUUCCUCACCCUACCAUCUCAUUUCCUCCUGCUGACUGUGAUCCCUACACUAAGCUGACCAGUCAGGCUGCAGCCGGCUGAGUACAGAUGCCAGCCAGCGUCGUUGUCAUGGUUUUCAGAUAGACCUACCCUGUGGAAAGGAAGUGGCCUAGCUGCUUUUUUGUAGCACUUGAUGGGCUGAAUUUUUCCUUUGCUAAUCUCUAACCAGAAAAUCUGGUAGAGCUUAACUCACUCCCUUCAGUCCCCAGGACCAGACAGAGAGUUAAUUCUGGAAAAUUCAGUACUUGAAUGUACCUGCCUUACUGUGUACCAAUUUACUGGGGGGGGGGGGGUUAGACGUGCUGACUCCAGAUCUCCACUUCAUUCACAGGUUGUUUUGGAAAUUCUGUAAGUUAAACUUCCUGUCUUGGUUUUUGUUCGUUUGUUCUACUUUGGUUUCUGUCGUUGGGUUGUUGUUUUGCCUUUGGCUGAUCCCUGCUGAGUGGAGCCAGUUCCUUGCCGGGCUCAGAGCAGGGGCCAUUCUCAGGCACGGCCUCCCUUCCAUCUAGCACAGCGUCUGUCUCUGUUCUGUCUCCUCCAAACCCAAGAUGAUUUUAAUUAGUACAGACAUGUACAGUCUACAACUAAAGAGUGAUUUGUACUAAUAUGAUUUUGAUUAUUCCUCUUUGCUGUCCUUUCAAGACACUUGCUGGAAAAAGCUUUAAUGCACUUAGUUUUUCUUUAGGUUUUCUAUAACUCAGAUGUAAAGGACUUUCUCUGUACAGUAUAUUAUCCAGUGCAUGUUCUCUCUCCUGAUAUAUUGAACACCACACAGUCGUGAACUCGUGCAGUGGGGAUGCCCCACACCCAGCGGAGGCCUCUCGCCCCGUGUGUAAGGAAGACACUUUCCUUUGCUGUACUUGCUUGAGCAGUUUUAUUGUCUGUACAUGUGAGCUGUGUGAGAUAGAUGUGAAAAGUUCAAAUGAAUGCAUUUUCCUGCCCCAUGUAUACAGAGCGUCAUCUGUACAAUGAACUGUAUGUACGAAGCAAAUGUACUUAUUUAUAAAUGGUUAACACUUGGAAAA